AAGACAGCACAGCCCCACGUGACCUCUCGGAAGACGAAACCAAAACAGUAUAAAAUGCCCCUCCGACUGAUCGUAAAUAAGAGGGGCGAGAAGCUACAGAAAGCAUUCCACAGGUUGUUAUUCCAGCGGAAAAGAACUCUACAAAAAUGACUACUCAAAGCAAGCGCGGUCUGCUGACUCGAUUGAAGGAAGGGAUCGUCGUGGGUGACGGCGGGUUCGUCUUCUCCCUCGAGAAGAGAGGGUAUGUGAAGGCGGGUCCUUGGACGCCCGAAGCUGCCGUCGAACAUCCGGAAGCAGUGCGGAACCUGCACCGUGAGUUUCUGCGUGCCGGAUCCGAUGUGAUGCAAGCUUUCACUUUCUACGCCAGUGACGACAAGCUCAUCAACAGGGGCAACGAAGCGGGAAUCAAGUACACGGGUAGCGACAUCAAUGAGGCGGCCUGCCGGAUCGCUCGGGAAGUGGCGAACGAAGGGGACGCCCUGGUGGCAGGCGGCAUCUCCCAGACACCUUCCUACCUGAGCGGCAAGGGCAAGAAAAGCGUGCAGGAUGAGUUCCGGAAGCAGGUACAAGUCUUCGUGAACAACAAAGUGGACUUCCUCAUCUGUGAGUACUUCGAGCACAUUGAGGAGAUGGAGUGGGCGAUCGAGGUGUGCCGAGAGACCAGCCUCCCCAUCGCUGCCACCAUGUGCAUCGGCACGGAGGGAGACCUGCACAACGUCAGCGUGGGAGAAUGCGCUGUCAGAAUGGCUAAAGCAGGUGCUCACGUGGUGGGGCUUAACUGUCAUUUCGAUCCCUUCGGAAUGCUGAAAGCCAUCGCCGCCAUGAAAAAGUCGCUGGAAACCGCUGGACUCAAGCCUUACCUCAUGACUCAACCCCUGGGAUUUCACUGCCCGGACAACGGGAAGCAAGGAUUCAUCGAUUUGCCCGAGUUUCCAUUUGCACUGGAGCCUCGAGUGUGCACCCGCUGGGACAUGCAGCGAUAUGCCCGAGAGGCGUACGAGCUCGGCGUCCGGUACAUCGGAGGGUGCUGCGGCUUCGAAUCCUACCACAUCCGGGCCGUCUCCGAGGAGUUAGCGAAGGAGAGGGGGAAGCAGCCCCUCUCCUCCCAGAAACAUGAUCCCUGGGGAGAAGGCCUUAAAAUGCAUACCAAACCUUGGGUCAGAGCCAGAGCCCGUAGGUCAUACUGGGAAGAUCUGCAACCGUCCACGGGUCGCCCGCACAGUGCUGCCUUUUCGAAGCCGGACAAUUGGGGUGUGACCGCAGGAUCCGAUGAACUCAAACAACAGGCAGAGUCCACCACCAACGAAGAGUUGCAGAAGAUGUUCGCCUACAAUUCAAAGUCAUAAUGUUCACUCGUAACAUCAAAAGUUGUGUUGAGAUCUGUCUCAAAUGAGAACUUCAUUUUACUGUCACAAUUUAAUUAAUAAAAUCGAUUUUAUAAGUAGACAA